AUGGAAGUCCUGUUUAAGCUUAAAGAGCUUUGUUCUGAACCCAAACGAGCGAUAACCAUUAUCUUUAUAACCCCGGUAACUGUUUUUCUUGCAUACUUUAAAUUUAGAAUCUUCCCUCUUUUAGGUAAGAAACUUCCUCCAGGGUCACUAGGACUUCCCCUCAUUGGGGAGUCCAUAAGCUUUGUCAUGGCGCAUAAACAUGAUAAAACUGUGGAUUGGAUUCAAAAGCAUGUAAACAAGUAUGGACCAGUAUUCAAGACCUCACUCAUGGGUUCAAAUGCAGUGUUUUUGACUGGCCAAGCGGGUAAUCGUUUCAUAUCCAGUGGGAGAGAUAAUGGCAUUGCGAGCAACCAAGUUGGAACAGCAGGAGGCAUACUUGGAAAGCACAGCAUCUUUGAGCUUCCAGGGCCUCGACAGAAGAUCGUCGGAGGUGCAAUAAUGAACUUUUUGAAACCUGAAAGAAUCCAAAGAUUUGUUUCUGUAAUGGAUUCAUUAGUCCAGCAAGAAAUGUUCCAAGAACUAAGCGUUAGGGAUACAGUAAAAAUGGUGACACUAAUAAAAAAGAUCACUUUCAAUGUCAGCUGCAGUUUACUCUUCAGAUUACAAGAAAGCAAGGAGAAAGAUGAUCUAUUUAAGGAUUUUAUUGUUGCCAUCAUAGGUUUAUGGGCUAUCCCAUUAAAAUUUCCGGCGACUGCAUACCAAAAGGCAUUGCAGGCACGAGGCAGAAUUCCUAGGCUUCUCUCCAAACUAAUAAAAGGAAGGAAGAAGGAAAUAGAUGAAGGGAGCAAAGGCUCUUUAGAUGACAAUGAUCUUAUCUCCUGUCUGCUUAUGCUGAGAGAUGAAAAUGGUGAUCCAUUACUAGAGGAGGAAAUUAUAGAUAAUGUGAUCUCUGUAAUGAUUGCUAGCCAUGAUAAAACAUCAGUAUUCAUCAGCCAUUUUAUAAGAAAACUUGUAAGGGAUACUGAGGUUUUUGCUAAGAUGCUUCAAGGUAGUGGCUAA